AUGAUACGUUUGUGAUUAUAAAGCGAGAUAUGAAGGAUGCGUUUCUAAAUCAUCUGAACUCCAUUAAUGGAAAUAUAAACUUUACUAUGGAACUAGAAUCUUGCAGUGGCACACUGCCAUUCCUCGAUUGCCUAGUUCACAGGAACGGUGGACGGCUAAAGACGACGAUAUAUCGCAAGCCGACAGAUACGGACGGAGUGCUUCAUUACAGUUCGGGUUAUCCAAAACAAGUCUAUGCCGCUAUCGCAUCCUCUCUGUUUCACAGAGCCCAGACUCUGUGUACAGAGGAGGAGGACAGGAAGGCCGCUCGUAAGGAGACGGUGAGCAAAUUAGUAGACAGUGGAUAUCCGAGGCG